GAGAAAGAGACCUUUUCCUUUUCCUCGCCCCUCCCCCUCUUCGUUCCUUUUUGCAAAAGAGCCCCUCUAAUUUCUCCAAUUCGCACUCCCCCUUUCCCAUGGGUUCGCUCGUUAAGGAGGAGAUCGUCGAAUCCCCCGCGCCUCCGCGGCCGAUCGCCGGAGCGGCGGCGGCGGCGGAGGCGGAGGCGGCGCCGUCACUCGCCCCCGCCGACGCGGUGAUCGAGCUCAGCAGCAGCGACAGCGACUCCGACCCGGAGGAGGAGGGGGGCGGCGGCGGAGUAGGGGCGAAGCGGCCUAGGGUUUCGGGGGCCGGAGCCGAGGCGGAGGCUGAGGGGGCGCGGCCGAAGAGGCCGAGGGCGAAGGCCCUCCCGGUCGGCUUCCUCGAUCCGCUCCCGCCGGAGGCCCCGCCGCCGCUCCCGCUUCCGGCGCCGUCUCCGGCGGCGGCGGCGGCGGCGAUUCAGGGUUCCAAGCAGUUUUGGAAGGCCGGGGACUACGAUGGGAGCCUCGGCGGUGUCGAUUCCACGCCCAUGUCAGGAGCAGGGAUGGAUCAUGUCAGAGUGCACCCUAAGUUUCUACAUUCAAAUGCUACCAGUCACAAGUGGGCCCUUGGAGCUUUGGCUGAGCUUUUGGAUAAUGCUCUUGAUGAGGUUUGCAAUGGAGCUACAUAUGUGAACAUUGAUAUGUUAAAUAAUAAUAAAGGCGGCUCAAGAAUGUUGCUGGUUGAAGAUAAUGGUGGUGGUAUGGACCCAGAUAAAAUGCGUCAAUGCAUGUCCUUGGGUUAUUCAGCAAAGUGCAAAAUGGCAAGCACUAUUGGACAAUAUGGAAAUGGCUUCAAGACUAGCACCAUGAGACUUGGAGCUGAUGUUAUUGUUUUCUCCCGUAGUCGUGGAAAAGAUGGAAAAAGGCCCACACAGAGUAUUGGAAUGCUAUCGUACACCUUCCUACGAAGCACGGGGAAAGAAGAUAUUGUAGUACCAAUGCUUGAUUAUGAAAAGGAAAAAGGCUGGAAUCAAAUGACACGAACAACUCCAGCUGAUUGGAAUACAAACUUAGAGACAAUUAUAAAAUGGUCUCCUUAUUCAAGUGAGGCUGAUCUUCUUCAGCAGUUUAGCUCACUGAAGGAUCAGGGAACUCGAAUAGUGAUAUACAACCUAUGGGAGGAUGAUCAAGGAGAAUUGGAACUCGAUUUUUAUACUGACAAACAUGACAUUCAAGUUAGAGGUGCUAACCGGGAGGAGAAAAAUAUUCAAAUGGCUAAGCAGUUUCCAAACUCGAAGCAUUUCCUGACAUACCGCCAUUCUCUAAGGAGUUAUGCCUCUAUUCUCUACCUCAGACUUCCGCAUUUCUUUAGAAUGAUUCUGCGUGGAAAGGAGGUUGAACACCACAAUAUUGUGAAUGAUAUGAUGCAUAAGCAAGAGGUUACAUAUCGGCCGCAGUAUGCUGAUGGGCAUUCAAAGGACCCUAAUAUGGUUGCUGUUGUGACAAUUGGUUUUGUAAAGGAUGCAAAACAUCACAUUGAUGUUCAGGGAUUUAAUGUUUAUCACAAGAACCGACUAAUAAAGCCUUUCUGGAGGGUUUGGACUGCUGCUGGUAGUGGUGGCCGUGGUGUUAUCGGUGUAUUGGAGGCCAAUUUCGUUGAACCAGCUCAUGAUAAACAGGAUUUUGAGCGGACAACAAUUCUCUCUCGACUUGAAGCACGAUUAGUCCAAAUGCAGAAAUCAUACUGGUCAACGAACUCUCAUAAAGUUGGCUAUGUCCAAUUUCGUAAUAAGAAAGAUGAUCAAUCAGAUGCUAGAGAGAGCUCACCCGAGGCUGCUCCUCAUCCAUCAUCUCAUCGAUCUGGGAAGGGAGUUUCUCCAGCAAGUGCAUCUAAUUUUGGCAAGUCGAAAGAUUCAGCCAAAGUUCAACAAUCAGAGAAGUCUAUAUACAACUUGAAUCAGAAAAAUCAGAAGGGUGGGAAGUCAUUGUCCUCGAAAUUUAAUAGUGCCGAAUCUUCACAGUCACAAUUGAAUGAAUCAUCUGAUGAGAGUGACCCAGAGUUUGCCCCCUCAGAGAGAUUCAGAUCUCGUAGCCAUAAGACCUCUCCUGCUCAAAAAUCCUUCCAGAAGGGGAGUAGGUCUCCUGCUCAAAAAUCCUUCCAGAAGGGGAGUAGGUCUUCACCGUUGCCUUCGCGAGUACGCCCGGUUGACGCAGGAGCUGGAGUGAAUAAUAGUGCAACUAGUGGUGCUAAAGCAAUCGAAGGAAUUGCGACCAGAUCUAAGUCAAAGUUGCAGGAAGUUAAAGCAACAUGCAAUGGGAAAGCACCAGCUCGUCAGUUGUCACCUGAGCUCACUAUCCAGCAGUUGAAAGAUGAAAACCUUGCCUUGAAGGAAAAGAUUUCAAAAAUGGAGUCGUCAAAGUUACGGGAGUUGCAGAUUGAGAAGGAUAGGAAUAAAUCACUAACUGAGCAACUGGAAGAUGCAAAUAGAAAACUGGAGCACGCAAGCAGCGAGCAAGAAGCUCUAAUCGACAUCUUUUCGGAAGAAAGGACCCGUCGUGACAAAGAGGAGGAGAAUUUGAGGAAGAAGCUAAAGGAAGCUUCCGCUACAAUACAAGAUCUGAUGGACAAGUUGAGUGCUUGUCGGAAGAAGCCCAAGCAAUGAAACGCCGGCACAAAGACCUGAAGGUGAUUGCAUUUCAUUGCGCCUGUUUUGAAACGGAUUUUACGAUGUAGGGCUUUGUAGUGAUUCCAGAUCCCCCUCCAUGAAGAAACAAACGCCUACCAAGAGAGAACCAUCAUCACUGACUCUUUGCUAACACUAACCCACCAUUUUCACUACAUGCAUAGCACUCUUGGUAGGAGCCGAGGAUUACACCGGAACUUGAUAUGAUCAUUAUCUUCGACUUGCUUUUGCUGUGUUUGAAGCGUUUUGCCGUGCCUGUCGAGGAAGUACAUCUACUACUGCGGUCUGAGGGGGGUGGAUCUUUUUUCUUUCUUCGUUAGUUUUUUCCUCUUUAGUGAUGAAUCUGAUUGUUAGUUUGUACAGUUGCUGAUGAACCCGAGUCGCACAACAAGUGCUGUACAUGCAAGUAUAUUACACAUGUUUUCGUUGUUAUAAGGUGCACUUCUCGCUUUCCUCGAUGGACCGCGCCGCGCGGGGAUAUUGGCUCUCCCACAAAGUGGCUUGAUCACCACUGAGGCCUCAUUUUAGUGAGUCUUCUCGGACCGAUUAUGUAACUGGUCGCUCAACUUCAUUCUGUUUCGGUUGGGUUGCUGGAUUUUUAUGCUGUGUUCGGACUUGGCAACCUCUACCUGUACCUAUGAAUUACUCGCAGGUUUGCAUGUAUGGGUAUUAGUUUUUUUUUUUAUCUAAAAAAUCAUGAGUAAAACGGAUGAUUACAUAUUAAAUUAUGGAUAUUUUGGACAA